AUGGCUUCAGGUAAAUUGCCUAUUAUAGUACUUCCUCCCUCGGGUUCAUCUGUUUCACUAAUUAAAAAAAAUGUCAAUGAUAAAAAAUUAAAAAGAGGAAACAGGAAAGCCUAUAGAAAAAAUUGUUUUGAAAAAUUCAAUUUGGCUUCCACAUUUUAUAAAGUUAUUUUAGCUUUUGGAAUCAUCAUUGUUGUAUUUUUAGAUAAUGAUAAUAUACAAUCUAGUUCUCAAUUUUCUGGAAUCACAAAUGGUAGAAAUUUAAGCGAAGCAGCUAUUUCUGAUGAAACCUCAAGUCCUGGACUUAGAGGAACAGGGGUAGCAGAAAGUGAUGAACACAGUGAUGAAAAAAGUGAUAAUGAAUCAAACGAGUCAGAAAGUAAUAAUACCGAUUUAAAUGAUACUAAAGAGGAAGAGAGUGAAAAAGCAUAUGCUUCCAAGAGCAAUGCUGAUCAUGAUUCUCAAGAAAGCAAUUUUUAUAGUAGCCAAUCUGAACAUACUGAUGAUGCUAAACUUAAUGAAACUGAAAAAUCGGAUGAAAAAAAUGAACAAUAUGAUGAACAGGGUUAUAAUGAAAAUAAAUCUCAGGAACCAUCUUAUUAUCCAAAUACUGCAUUUUCUGAACAUCUUGAACAUGCAAUAAACACAAUCCCAAAUGAUUCUAUAAUAAGAUCUUUUUUGCAUAAUUCUUUAACAGUACCAUCUGAUGAUGAACUAGACGAUCCAUAUAGAGAACAAACACAAGAUGAUGUAGAGUCAAACCAAUUUACUCAAUGGAUUGAUUAUAUGAAAAGUAUAGUUCAAGAAAUGAAUAAAGGAAAUGAAAACAAAGCAGUUGAAAAAUCAUAUGAUAGUGGAGCUACAAAAGAUGAGAAACCAGCGGAUAGUGAAGCUUCAAAUCCUGAACAAACAGAUGACAGUGAAUCUGCAACACAUGAACAAACAGAUGAUAGUGAAUCUGCAACACAUGAACAAACAGAUGAUAGUGAAUCUGCAACACAUGAACAAACAGAUGAUAGUGAAUCUGCAACUCAUGAACAAACAGAUGAUAGUGAAUCUGCAACACAUGAACAAACAGAUGAUAGUGAAUCUGCAACUCAUGAACAAACAGAUGAUAGUGAAACUUCAAAACCUGAACAAGAUGAGUAUGCAGGAUUGCAUAAUAAAAUGAAUUUGGAAUAUAAAAGGUUUCCAAAACAAAAACAAACAGGACUUGGACCUUUACAAUAUUCCUAUAAUCUAGAUAUAAUUGAUGAUGAUGAGCUCAAUUCGCUAUUUAACGAUUCCAAAUUACAUGAUGGUGCUAAAAGUAAAAUACCUAAGAGUUCCCAAUCUAAUGAAAAAGAAGAACCUUGGGGCACAUGGGAUAAAUCUAAUGAUUUAUAUAAAAAUCAAGCAAAUAGAAAUCCAAUGGGUUUUAAUUCCAAUUCUCGUGGUAAUGAAAACAUAAAUAUUGAAAUGUGGGAUGGUGGUCAUUCUUCUUCAAUGAAUAAAAGCCAAGGAAUGAACAGUUGGGAAUAUCCAUCAACCAGAAACCAAGCAAUGACCAAAGAGCAACACUCAUCAAUGAAUAGAAAUCAAGGAAUGAACAGCUGGGAAUAUCCAUCAACCAGAAACCAAGCAAUGAACAAAGAGCAACACUCAUCAAUAAAUAAAAAUCAAGGAAUGAACAGUUGGGAAUAUCCAUCAACAAGAAACCAAGGAAUGAACAGAGAGCAAUACCCAUCAAUGACUGUGAAUGAAGACUUGCUCGGUAGGAAAAUUAUUGACGAGUUACAAAAUCUUAAUGAAAGUGCAGGGGGAGAGUCAAUGUGGUCAGGUUUGAAAAAAUCACACAGACAUAUUCCAAGAAAACCAGCUGAUUCGAGUUUUUCUGGUUUAGAAGGAUUCUCACGUGAAAGACACCCAAGAGGUGGCGAUCCAAUGGAUGAUCGAGUCGAUAUACUUGAGGAACACCCCUAUACAUCUACAGGUCCAAGAUAUCAUAACCCAAUGAAUAGAUACAAUUAUAUGAAUGCCCCAAGCCAAGGAAGCCAACCAAAAUCAGCGAUGAACAUUUUACGACCAAAUGACCCAUAUAGAGCAAGUGCUGAAAAAAGUAAUGAGAAUGAACAAUUUUCUUCAAUGAACAUGGCGCUUCAUAAAAAGACUUCGAAAGAGCAAAGUGGUUUUGAAAAUCGAGUUGUACCAUCUCAAUUUACACGAAACGAUGGUAAUAGGUUUAAUCAACCGAAUCGAAUGAAUAGCCAACGUACCAUUAAUGAUAAUCAUGGUAUAGUUUCAGUUAGAGGUGAUCGAGAAGUAAAUGAAUUUAAAGUGGAACAAAAAAAAUCAGCAGAAGUUCAAAUCAAAGAAAUUGAUGAUUAUAUAGAUAGCGAACUUAAUAAUUUAGGCAUGCAGGCAAGCCCAUCAGCGUUGUUUGCUAUUUGGUCCGAAUUUAUUGCUGCUGAAACUAAAAAAUUUAUGAUGAUUCAAGAAUAUAUAUUACAAUAUUCUAUAUAUUUACAAAGACGAAAUAAUUUAAAUCCAUCAUCACGUACUAAAGCUUGGUGGAAAGUACAUUAUAAUAUGGUUAAUAAAUUUAUAAAAUAUGAAAAAGAACAUGUUUGUGAGCUUAAAGAAUUACUCAAAUCACGUGUUCGUGAUACUUCAUAUUUUAUUCGUUUUAUUAUCCAAAAAAGAGAAGUAUGGAGAGUAUUACAGGCUCAAAUACAAGAAGAAUGGAUGGCAUCUUUAACAUACAAAAUGAACAAAUACGCCGCACAAGAUAAUUAA